AUGAUAAUGAUGCGCUAUGUAUUGUGUGUUAUGCUUCUUGCACUGUGUUGUUUCUGCAGUGUUGUGGACGCGGGAGAAACUGAAGGACCUUCUGUUAGUUCUGACCAGGUGCUUCUUGUUCAGCGCCCUGCUGCUAAGCCUGUUCCACGUGCUGGUGAGGAUCCAGAAACGUCGCAGGAAAGUGUGAGAGAAGACGAUACACAAUGUGAAGCAACAGCUGGGGUAGGUGGAGAGAAGAAACGCUGCGAACCACCAGCCAAGGCGGAGCAACUUCCAGUGGAAGAUCAGGAGGCACACGAAAGAGAAACUGGCAAUCGUAACGAUGUGGAAAACCACACCAACCAAAAGGGAAGUGGGCCAUCGAUCUCUGUUGAGCUGCGUCCCGUUAUAACAGAGAAUUCCCACGAGAAUGGUGCCGCAAAUUCUUUGCAGGAUCCUUCUACAGCAAUACUUCAACGUGAUUCUCCUCCUUCGUUGUCUGGUAGUACUGCAGGUUCACCUCAAGGUGGGAGCGUUACAGGUGAUGAUCGAUUGCAUGUUGCAUCUGGCGAUAAUGGCCGUGCUCAAGGUGGUGGGGAUCAACCAAAAGUAGAGAAGACAACAGAAGAGAAAGCGAAUACUCCAGGAAGUGAACAAGCAGAUGAAAAUGAGAAAAAUGAAAAAGAAUCAAAAUCUGAUUCUUCUACUGUAUCCAGUACAGUUAAUACUGACACUCAAGAACACCGUUCUCAGCAAGAACAGACACCCUCUUCACAGGAAUCUCAAUCGCACAACGAUACAACUGAGAACGAUAACUCAACGAGUACGAACUCUGAAACUUCAACUACAGCCAGUGAGGAGGAAUCCACCACCACCGCCACCACCACCACCACAACAACACUUCCCCCUGAGACUGCAAACAACAAGAAGGGUGAUGCAGACAGCAGCAGCAGUAUCAGCAGUUCUGUGUGGGUGCGUGUACCACUACUGAUUGUGGUUACACUGGCCUGUAUUCUUGUGUGCUGA